CCCCCCGCCCCCUGCCGCCGCCGCACCUCCACUCCGCGGCGCCCGCGCGGUCGGUCCGUCCCUCCGCCCGCUCCCAGCCGCGGCGCCUCGCACUUCUGACUCGAGUCCCCGCCGCGCUCGUCGUCGCCGCCCGGACCCGCCGCCCCGCGCCAUGGAGACGGCCGCGGGCAGCGAGCGCCGCAGCCCUCCGGGUCCCGCAGUCCCGCCGCCGCCCAGGGGCCACGCGCCCAUGGCCACCGCCUCCGGCCCGCUGGGCUCCCCGGCGCGCGAGCCGCCGCAGCCCGAGGAGGAGCGGCAGCUGCGUAUCAGCGAGAGCGGCCAGUUCAGCGACGGGCUGGAGGACCGAGGCUUACUAGAAAGCAGCACUCGGCUAAAACCUCAUGAAGCCCAGAACUACAGAAAGAAGGCAUUGUGGGUCUCCUGGUUCUCCAUUAUCGUCACACUGGCCCUGGCGGUGGCUGCCUUUACUGUCUCCGUUAUGAGGUACAGCGCCUCUGCUUUUGGGUUUGCAUUUGAUGCCAUCCUUGAUGUCCUGUCGUCGGCGAUUGUCCUAUGGCGUUACAGCAACGCGGCCGCUGUACACUCCGCCCAUAGGGAGUACAUAGCCUGUGUCAUCUUGGGGGUGAUAUUCCUUCUGUCAUCUGUGUGUAUAGUGGUCAAAGCCAUCCAUGACCUCUCGACUAAGCUGCUCCCGGAAGUGGAUGACUUCCUGUUCAGCGUCUCCAUUUUAAGUGGGAUCCUGUGCAGCAUCCUGGCUGUGCUGAAGUUCAUGCUGGGGAAGGUUCUGACCAGCAGAGCGCUCAUAACAGACGGGUUUAACUCCCUCGUGGGGGGCGUGAUGGGUUUCUCCAUCCUUCUGAGCGCAGAGGUGUUCAAGCACAACUCGGCUGUCUGGUACCUGGACGGCAGCAUCGGCGUGCUGAUCGGCCUCACCAUAUUCGCCUACGGGGUCAAACUCCUCAUUGACAUGGUGCCCAGGGUGAGGCAGACGCGCCACUAUGAGAUGUUUGAGUGAAGGUGGCCCGCGCCAGCCACCCCGCAGCUGCAUGAAGACUGUCAGGACCAGGAGACGUUUCCACGCAGGCAGACGGUGCCCAUGGUUAACUGAACAUCAGCUUCUCUCUCGGAAAGCUUGUGCUCACGGGAACGAGGUCUACCCCGCAGGUCGGACUGCCCUGCUCUCCUCCCACCACCGCCCCCUGCCCGACACCGCAGGGCAGCACUCACCGAGCAGGGACCCUCCCUGGGAACCGACCUCGUCCACCUUCUGCUGUAAAACAGGUUCGUGGGGGGAGGGUACACGCCCUUCCGUGGUGCUCCCAGCCUGACACGGAUGGUGACUCACCAGGCCCACCUCCUCGGGGCCCCACGGGGGCCGAGUCUCUGGUCUCCUGGCAGAUUUUAAGAGAGGACCGUACCCUUUGGUCCCGCACCCCUUUCCAGAACCAUCGUGUAGAUCACCUCCUAAUUUCUAUCCGUGUAUUUCAUUCGUUUCAUACUGUUUUACUAAUCCUCAAUCUAAACACUGGAUUUGUUCUAAAGGAGACCGUUCUAUUUUUAAAGUACUUAGUGAUAGAUGUAUGAGCUUUGCAUGGAUCGAACUCAGCCCCAAUCCUUUCUUGUACGUUCAGAGCCCAAACAUAUACGUGUAAACACAGGAUCCCUUUUGGAGAGGUGUGAAACUACAGUUUAUUUGUAAUAAAUUAUAUAAUCUAUCCAUAGAUGCAUAGAUCUAUAUGCUGUGUGAAGUGGUAAUGGUACAUCACAGUCUUCUCGUGAUGGCUUCCUCCUCUGUAAGGAAUGAGAUGUUCUCGGUUUAUGUAGCGUUAGUUGUAGACUCUGUACAAAACGGUCCCCACAUGCAACAUUCUGUCCUCCAGCACUGCUCCUUGUCCAGGCAGCAGUGACCAAUAAAGACCUUUUCCUGUUUUGUAUGGCA